UACGUCGCAGGCACGGAUACAAAGUACAACACGGUAAACGGAGCGUGUAAAACUGCAGCACUUUACCUGUCGGCACCGCCUCUUCCAGCCCGUUAAUUGGUACUGUCGGCUUCGCGCGCGCAUUUAAGUGGCGCGUGACACACAUCUGCCGUGCUUUGCAAAAUGAAGCGAAACGCGGGCUCGUUUCGCUGUGACCACGAGGGCUGCGGAGCCACCUUUAAGCGGGAGUGGCGCAUGCUGGAGCAUCGCACGGCACAUACAGGGGAGAAGCUGUAUGGCUGUGAUGUUGGAGAGUGUGGACGGCGGUUUACGCGGAAGGCGCAUUUGAAACGACAUAUGCUUUCCCACAGUGGAGAGAAAAAUUUCAAAUGCUCGUAUGCAGGUUGCAGUGAAUCCUUCAUUACACCAGACUCUCUUAAGAGGCAUGUUAAGUAUACCCAUGGGGAGAAGGAUAGCUACUUCAAGUGCUUUUACCAGGGUUGUGGCAAGAGCUUUAAGAAGCGUAAAACCUUCAAAUCUCAUUUGAAUGAGCAUGUCUCUGCUCCUGUGUUCAGAUGCCAGAAAGAGAAAUGUAGGCAGAAAUUUGAAACUGCAGCUUUACGAAAGGCCCAUGAAAAGACCCAUAAAGGUUAUGCAUGCAAGGUUCCAGAAUGUCCAGUUGUAGCAGUCAACUGGACUAAACUUCAGAAGCACCGUCUCUUGCAUCCUGUUGAAUAUAGGUGCCAGCAGUGCCAAAAAAGCUUCAAAAAGCAUGCAGCAUUACGGAACCACAAACGUAGUCAUGCGCUACAGAAGCCAGUCUUGCUGUGUCCAAUUAAAGACUGCAAGAUAUACUUCACCACCACAUUUAACCUUCAGCAUCACAUUCGUAAAGAACACUUGCAGCUCUUAAAGUAUCCCUGCUAUUACCCAGACUGUGUUAAGGUCUUUGCCAUGCGGGAGAGCUUGUUGAGACAUCUUGUUAGUCAUGAUCCUGAUCGUAAGCUGGUUAAAGUGAAACAGAAAAGACCUGACAAAUCCUGGCAAAAGCGGCUAGGUGGAAGCAGCAGCCACAAAGCACCAGUGAUUGAAGAGGACCUCCGUGCAUUGUUUGAGCAAAAGUUACAUUUUCGUAUUCACAGUAAAGUAGAAUGCAAUUUAUCUGGAUUAUUCAAUGAGCGGAAGAUUCCUCGUAUAAUUGAACAAGAAGUUGGAUUACGGGAGCUAUUUGAACCUCCUUUGUUAAAACUUCCUAAAGUUGCAUGAUUUGAUUUAGAAAUAGUAAAUGCUCCAAUAUAUUUCUUGGGUAUGAGUUUUUUUUUUUUGUGUAGAAAAGAUUGCAUAUUGUACUGCAUGCAUUUAUUUUGGGCAAACCUGUAUGGGGCUGGGCUUAAAUAAACUUGGGUA